AAAACGGCAGCGUGGCGACUCUCAUUCUUCUCUCUGGUAUAGAGUUCAGCGGUGAUCAGUGAUAAGUGUUAAUUGAGUGUCAAGUCAAUUCAGGUCAGCGUAAGCCAAUUAAAUACCUAGAAGAAGUUUUGCGAAACUUUCGGAGCGAUUUAUCAUUCACGAUAGUUCGAUAUUACGCAUUAGAAUAUCUCAAUCAUCAUGCAAUGAUGGUUUUCAAUCAUCUUCUUAAAACUGCCAAAACACUGCAGUGUUUACAAUCUCAUUCUAUUCAUGCACACAAAGGUCUAUAUAUUUCCUUCCGAAAUGAAUCAAGUUUUGUGCCUAAAAAGAUACUUAUUGUGGCGAAACUAUCGAGGUACCAUUUUGAAAGAUUACGGGAACCCGAGCUCAAUGAAACUCAGUUGAAAUUGAAACUAAUAGAAAGAGGCUCUGAUUAUGAUACUAUGCUUGCUAAUCAUUUUGCCACCAAAGCUGUGACAGAUCAAGUAAUACAAAUCUUGCAGAAAAUGAAUGUGGAAUGUAAGGUAGUAGAUAGAACAACUAUAGAUCAAUCGUAUUUUACAUGGGCGGAUUUAGUUUUGCCAGUCGGCGGUGAUGGAACAUUUCUUUUGGCUUCAAAUUUAAUAUUUGACAAUAAAAAACCUAUAAUGGGCAUUAAUUCAAAUCCCGAGAAGUCGGAGGGUUAUCUUCUGUUACCGAUGAAAUAUACGAGAAAUAUAAGAGAGAUUUUCGAAAUGCUAAGAGCAGGACAUUACAGUAUACUCAUGCGAAGAAGAAUUCGGACUACUCUGAAGGGAGAAGAAAUAUGGAAAGUUCCUUUUCAUAUGCACGAAAAAGGACGCGUUGCAGGUGGUCAAAGGAUUUAUGUAAAUGAGAAAUUUGAAGAUAAUCCUGAUGAAUUACCAAGAGAAAGGCGUCUACCUUGGUUGGCACUUAAUGAAGUGUUUAUGGGCGAAACGUUAUCGGCACGAACGAGUUCCUUGUUCAUAAAGUUAGAUGAAGAGCAAAAGUAUCAAAAAGUAAAGGGCUCUGGUUUGUGCGUAAGCACUGGUACAGGAUCAACAUCUUGGUAUAAAUCUAUAAACAGUCUUAGCCAACAAACUGUGAGAGAAAUAUUGAACCUCAUAGAUACUAAACGACAAUUUACCAAUGAUGAAAUUGAGACAAUCUGUUCAACUUUCAAUAGCAACUUACGAUUUGAUGCAGAGGAUUCCACACUGUGUUAUUCCAUAAGAGAUAUGAUUGUGACUGAUGCAAUGUCUUUUUCAAAGCGUAUAUAUCCUCGCGGUUUUUGUAAAAAGAUCACUGUAAGAUCACAGUGUUUUGAUGCAGGUUUAGUUCUCGAUGGUGGAAUAGCAGUCUCCUUCAACUUCGGUACCAUCGCGGAAAUAGAAACUUUUCCCGAAGAUUCUUUGCGAACUAUCAUUCUUCCUGACUGAAUUGACUACUAGGAUACUAUUGAAGGAGUAUUUCAUAGUGAUACAACUGUGAUAAUAAUUGGUUAUCAUGUAAAUAACAUUCUUGCACUUUUUGUAUUUUUUACGAAAAAUAAUUUCAUUGGAAAAAUAUUUAUGAAACAUAAUAUGCAAAAUGUUUAAUGAAAUCAGUUAUAUAUAUAUAUGUAUAUACUUAGAGAGAGGUGAUGGAAAUAAUAUAAUAUAUUUGGGUAUAUUAUAUACAUAUAUAAUGCAAAAUUUUUUGGAAUACAUAAAGUUAUAAACAAACUAUUCAAUUCAAAAGAAGAAAGCAUUCCUAGUAUCCACGUUUUUUAAAACCAUUUCUAUAUAAAUACACAUGACCAUGUAUAUAAGCAUUUAUUUAAGAUAAGAUACCUAAUACUGCUUUAUGUUUAUAAUAUGUAAAAUAACAUGGAUCACAUAUGUACCUAUAUCGAAUAUCUAUAUUGUACCUAUAAAUGUACCUAUAUUGAAUAUCAAAUUACCUUAUUACAUAUUGUAAGCGCCAAUCUGAACAAAAACUGUAAUACUAAUUGUAAACUAGUAUUGCUUUUUUGUAUACAUAAAAUACUUUUUUAGAAUACUUUAGCUCAUAUAAAUAUAGAGCAAAAAUUUUA